AUGGCCAGGACGCUGGAGGGCCCGGUGCCGGAGGAGCCGGAGCUGGACUGGGGCUCCGAGGCGCCGUGCGCGGGGUCCUGCCAUGCACAGCGCAUCCUGCAGACCCUGAAUGCAUAUCGGCGGAGCGGCACCCUCACCGACGUGGUGCUGCGUGCCGGUGGCCGCGACUUCCCAUGCCACCGCGCAGCGCUUAGCGCGGGCAGCACCUACUUCCGCAGCCUGUUCGCGGCUGGGCAGCCAGAGCGUGGCCUGGCUAUAGUGCCCGUGGUACCCGAGGCGCCGGGCCCUGCCGGGACAUCAGUGGCUACGGCGCUGGCCGUGGUGCUCGACUACCUGUACGGAGCGGGCGUGCGGCUGCGCGCGGAGGACGAGGCGGCUGCGGUGCUGGCGCUGGCCGAGCGGCUGGGCGUGGCAGGCCUGCGCGAGGCCUGCGCACGCUUCCUCGAGGGUCGCCUGCGCGCCGCUAACAGCCUGGCGCUGCGUCGCGUGGCCGCUGCCUUCUCCCUCGCCUCUCUGGCCGAGCGUUGCGGCCGCGUGCUGCGCCAGGCCUUCGCCGAGGUGGCGCGCCACGCCGACUUCUUGGAGCUGACGCCCGACGAGGUGGCAGCGCUUCUGGCCGACCCAGCGCUGGGCGUGGCGCACGAGGAGGCCGUGUUCGAAGCGGCCAUGCGCUGGGUGCGUCACGACCCGCCAGCCCGCCGCGGACAGCUGCGGCGCUUGCUGGAGCACGUGCGCCUGCCCUUGCUGGCGCCCGCCUAUUUCCUGGAGAAGGUAGAGGCUGACGAGUUGUUGCAGGCCUGCGGCGAGUGCCGCCCGCUGCUGCUAGAGGCCCGUGCCUGCUUCAUCCUGGGCCGCGAGACCGGCACACUGCGGGCCCGGCCGCGGAGAUUCAUGGACCUAGCUGAAGUGAUCGUGGUCAUCGGCGGUUGCGAUCGCAAGGGGCUCCUGAAGCUGCCGUUCGCCGACGCCUACCAUCCCGACAGCCGGCGCUGGACCCCACUGCCCAGCGUGCCUGGCUUCGCGCGCUCAGAGUUCGCGACCUGCACUCUCCGCAAUGACAUCUACGUCUCUGGAGGCCACAUCAACAGCCGUGAUGUGUGGAUGUUUAGCUCCCAUCUGCACACCUGGAUCAAGGUGGCCUCGCUGCACAAGGGCAGGUGGAGGCACAAGAUGGCGGUCGUGCAGGGGCAGCUGUUCGUGGUGGGCGGCUUUGAUGGCCUGCGGCGCCUGUGCAGCGUGGAGCGCUAUGACCCCUUCUCCAACACCUGGGCUGCUGCGGCCCCGCUCCCAGAGGCAGUGAGCUCAGCUGCCGUGGCACCCUGCGCCGGCCGGCUCUACGUGAUGGGGGGUGCCGGGCGGGACGGCGUCAACACCAACAAGGUGCAGUGCUUUGACCCCAAGGAGGACCAGUGGAGCCUGCGGUCACCAGCGCCCUUCUCGCAGCGUUGUCUCGAGGCUGUCUCCCUGGAGGACACCAUCUAUGUGGUUGGGGGCCUCAUGAGCAAAAUCUUCACCUACAACCCUGGCAUGGAUGUCUGGGGGGAGGCAGCUGUCCUCCCCAGCCCUGUGGAGAGCUGUGGCGUGACUGUGUGUGAUGGGAAAGUCCACAUCCUUGGCGGGCGGGAUGAUCACGGGGAAAGCACCAACAGGAUCUUCACCUUUGACCCCAGCAGUGGGCAGGUGGAGGCCCAGCCAUCCCUGCAGCGCUGCACCAGCUCCCAUGGCUGCGUCACCAUCGUCCAGAGCCUGGGCAGGUGACUCAUACUUGAACCAGGAGGAGGGGAGGGAGAACUCAGGUUCACCACUGCUCCCCUCACGGCACCUCGGUGUAAACAGCCUCUUAGCUUAGUGCCCCUUUUCUUGUAGAAAUAAAACCUCCUUCAAAGGUUGGGUCUGUGUUCCAGCUCAAGCCUCCUUUGCCUGGAGAAGUAAUG